AUGCAAAGUCAUGUAAAUGUGGCUCAUGAUGAAGACACACGGCCGUUUAUAACACCGGAGACGGCGGCGGCUCGGCCUCGCCACACGUGCACACGCCCAGGAUCACAGCCACACGUGCACACGCCCAGGAUCACAGCCACACGUGCACACGCCCAGGAUCACAGCCACACGUGCACAACCCCAGGAUCACAGCCACACGUGCACACGCCCAGGAUCACAGCCACACGUGCACACGCCCAGGAUCACAGCCACACGUGCACACGCCCAGGAUCACAGCCACACGUGCACAACCCCAGGAUCACAGCCACACGUGCACACGCCCAGGAUCACAGCCACACGUGCACACGCCCAGGAUCACAGCCACACGUGCACACGCCCAGGAUCACAGCCACACGUGCACAACCCCAGGAUCACAGCCACACGUGCACACGCCCAGGAUCACAGCCACACGUGCACAACCCCAGGAUCACAGCCACACGUGCACAACCCCAGGAUCACAGCCACACGUGCACAACCCCAGGAUCACAGCCACACGUGCACACGCCCAGGAUCACAGCCACACGUGCACACGCCCAGGAUCACAGCCACACGUGCACAACCCCAGGAUCACAGCCACACGUGCACACGCCCAGGAUCACAGCCACACGUGCACACACCCAGGAUCACAGCCACACGUGCACACACCCAGGAUCACAGCCACACGUGCACAACCCCAGGAUCACAGCCACACGUGCACAACCCCAGGAUCACAGCCACACGUGCACAACCCCAGGAUCACAGCCACACGUGCACACGCCCAGGAUCACAGCCACACGUGCACAACCCCAGGAUCACAGCCACACGUGCACAACCCCAGGAUCACAGCCACACGUGCACACGCCCAAGAUCACAGCCACACGUGCACACGCCCAGGAUCACAGCCACACGUGCACAACCCCAGGAUCACAGCCACACGUGCACACGCCCAGGAUCACAGCCACACGUGCACACGCCCAGGAUCACAGCCACACGUGCACAACCCCAGGAUCACAGCCACACGUGCACACGCCCAGGAUCACAGCCACACGUGCACAACCCCAGGAUCACAGCCACACGUGCACAAUCCCAGGAUCACAGCCACACGUGCACAACCCCAGGAUCACAGCCACACGUGCACACGCCCAGGAUCACAGCCACACGUGCACACGCCCAGGAUCACAGCCACACGUGCACACGCCCAGGAUCACAGCCACACGUGCACAAUCCCAGGAUCACAGCCACACGUGCACACACCCAGGAUCACAGCCACACGUGCACACACCCAGGAUCACAGCCACACGUGCACAACCCCAGGAUCACAGCCACACGUGCACACACCCAGGAUCACAGCCACACGUGCACACACCUAGGAUCACAGCCACACGUGCACAACCCCAGGAUCACAGCCACACGUGCACAACCCCAGGAUCACAGCCACACGUGCACAACCCCAGGAUCACAGCCACACGUGCACACGCCCAGGAUCACAGCCACACGUGCACAACCCCAGGAUCACAGCCACACGUGCACACGCCCAGGAUCACAGCCACACGUGCACAACCCCAGGAUCACAGCCACACGUGCACACGCCCAGGAUCACAGCCACACGUGCACAACCCCAGGAUCACAGCCACACGUGCACACGCCCAGGAUCACAGCCACACGUGCACACGCCCAGGAUCACAGCCACACGUGCACAACCCCAGGAUCACAGCCACACGUGCACACGCCCAGGAUCACAGCCACACGUGCACAACCCCAGGAUCACAGCCACACGUGCACACGCCCAGGAUCACAGCCACACGUGCACACGCCCAGGAUCACAGCCACACGUGCACAACCCCAGGAUCACAGCCACACGUGCACACGCCCAGGAUCACAGCCACACGUGCACACGCCCAGGAUCACAGCCACACGUGCACAACCCCAGGAUCACAGCCACACGUGCACACGCCCAGGAUCACAGCCACACGUGCACACGCCCAGGAUCACAGCCACACGUGCACAACCCCAGGAUCACAGCCACACGUGCACAACCCCAGGAUCACAGCCACACGUGCACACGCCCAAGAUCACAGCCACACGUGCACAACCCCAGGAUCACAGCCACACGUGCACACGCCCAGGAUCACAGCCACACGUGCACACACCCAGGAUCACAGCCACACGUGCACAACCCCAGGAUCACAGCCACACGUGCACACGCCCAGGAUCACAGCCACACGUGCACACGCCCAGGAUCACAGCCACACGUGCACAACCCCAGGAUCACAGCCACACGUGCACACGCCCAGGAUCACAGCCACACGUGCACACGCCCAGGAUCACAGCCACACGUGCACAACCCCAGGAUCACAGCCACACGUGCACACGCCCAGGAUCACAGCCACACGUGCACACGCCCAGGAUCACAGCCACACGUGCACAACCCCAGGAUCACAGCCACACGUGCACAACCCCAGGAUCACAGCCACACGUGCACACGCCCAAGAUCACAGCCACACGUGCACAACCCCAGGAUCACAGCCACACGUGCACACGCCCAGGAUCACAGCCACACGUGCACACGCCCAGGAUCACAGCCACACGUGCACAACCCCAGGAUCACAGCCACACGUGCACACGCCCAGGAUCACAGCCACACGUGCACACGCCCAGGAUCACAGCCACACGUGCACACGCCCAGGAUCACAGCCACACGUGCACAACCCCAGGAUCACAGCCACACGUGCACACGCCCAGGAUCACAGCCACACGUGCACACGCCCAGGAUCACAGCCACACGUGCACACGCCCAGAUCACAGCCACACGUGCACAACCCCAGGAUCACAGCCACACGUGCACACGCCCAGGAUCACAGCCACACGUGCACAAUCCCAGGAUCACAGCCACACGUGCACAACCCCAGGAUCACAGCCACACGUGCACACGCCCAGGAUCACAGCCACACGUGCACACGCCCAGGAUCACAGCCACACGUGCACAACCCCAGGAUCACAGCCACACGUGCACACGCCCAGGAUCACAGCCACACGUGCACAAUCCCAGGAUCACAGCCACACGUGCACAAUCCCAGGAUCACAGCCACACCAAGAAGAGACCAAGAAGAGCCGGAGCUAGAGUCACAAAAGGAGGAGCAGAGAAUCCAACAUCAUCUCAGAUUCACAUUGAGACAAAUAUAA